AAGAAAAUACAGUAAAUCCUGGAAUUUAAAUCACAGAGCCCUAGCAAACUCUUGGCGAGAGAGAGAGAGAGAGCUGGGAGAGAGAGAGAAGGGUGUAGAGUAAAUUGAGAAGGGGGAAUAGUAGAAAGAAAGAUGUCAAGCAACAACAACAGUGGAGGUGGAGGUGGAGGAGCAGAAGAAGAAAUAGCAGUGAAAGAACCUUUGGAUCUCAUUCGUCUCAGUCUCGACGAGCGUAUCUACGUCAAGCUCCGUUCUGACCGCGAGCUCCGCGGCAAACUACACGCUUAUGAUCAGCACUUGAAUAUGAUUCUUGGGGAUGUUGAAGAAAUCGUUACAACUGUAGAGAUCGAUGAUGAAACUUAUGAGGAGAUUGUCAGGGCCACACGCCGUACAGUUCCAUUUCUGUUUGUUAGAGGAGAUGGUGUCAUUUUGGUGUCUCCUCCACUACGAACGGCUUGACCAUGUGUUUUGUUUAGUGGUCAAGAUUAACCAUGAUGCAUUUCUGCUGUAAGAGCCUGCAAUGAAGAAGUUGAUAGGGGUCCUGGUUUAUUUUGCAAUCUGUAAUCUUUAAAUAGUUUCUGAAAUUGACUUGAAUAUACUUUUGUAUUGAAAUUGUUGGUCUCUCCUAUAGGUGUGCAUUUCAAAGCACAUUGCAUGGUUUGGAUGCACACUAUUUGGAGGAACUUUUGAUCUCAACAUAAUCUAUUGGUUUAAACUAA